AUGGAGGACCAGACAAUUCGGACGUGUGAUGUUUACAGAACGGACCCGAACCUGCCAUCCAGGUUCAACAACCCCGACUGCUUCAAAGGUUACAGUGAGAAAAAGAGUAACCCACUUUAUCGAACAUCAAAUCAAACAUACGGUGGCAAGAAACCAACUGUGCACGAGAUGCAGACUCAGUUUAAAGGAACCUCUAGAAAGUUUUCAGAGGCAAUGCUGAAGAGCGAGAUGUACCGUAAUGACAGCUUCAACACAUCAUUGGACAGGAGCGCAGUGACGAUUUCCACAGCAACCCAGAAAAACAGACUUGACCGCCAUUACUAUUAUCAGUGCCUUGAUGGAAACAAAUAGUGAUGGAACAGCUUUUGAUAAACAAAAACUUUCAACAAUGAUGAUUAAAAAUAAGAAUGGAUGGAAGAUUUAAUUUUAUAGAGUUCAAAUACUGGUGACACUUGACACUUGAGGAAGCAAAAAUUGUUACUCAUUCAGAACAAUAAGUAGUUAAUGAUAAAUCAGUCUCAGAACCCAUAAGCUGUGUCUGGUAAAGAUAGGGACUCUGAAAGUGAGAGUGAACUUGGUUAUUCCAGUGUAGCAAGCAGUCAGUAAUGAAGACCUUGGGCUAAGACUUCCUUUUACAGUGUUUCAUUAUUUACAGUCCAAUUAGCAACUUGCUCAAAAAUGAAGCAAAAUUUG